AUGGGCGGGCCGACGCACAUGCGUCGACCCGAAACCUUGAAGAUUGAUAUCUCAAGGUACAAGGGAACCGAUGAAGAUUCUGUUUUGAGAUGGUUCGUCGAGUUAGACGACGCCAUCAGGGCCCGUCACAUGGAGGGUGACGAGAUGCAAGUCACCUUCGCCCUGUCAAAUUUGACGGGACGAGAAAAGACUUGGGCCUUAGGGCUCAAGCCUCACGACCCAAACAUGUUUGAGUCGUUGGAGAUCUAG